CACCGCAGCCCCUCGGCGGAGCCAGGGAGGGAAGCCCUGGCCGCCGAGCGCGAUGCUGAGCCAGGGAGCCGGGCUGGCGCUGUGCACCGCGCUGAGCCUGCUGCAGACCGGACUGGGGGAGCCGGCGAGGUGUAACUUCACCGUGACCGAGUCCAGGGUCUCCAGCCGGGCCGCGUCUCUCCAGUGGAGAACUCUGGGGCCGCCCUGUAACUUCAGCCUCAUCUACAGCAAUGACACAUCGGGGUUCACGAGGUGCCACCCCGUGAGGAUAGACAACACCACCUAUGAAUGUAACCCCAAGGAUUUACAAGCGGGAACCGUCUAUAACUUCAGGAUUGUGGCUCUGGAUGGAGAAGAGAGAACUGUGGUCUUGCAAACAGACCCUUUGCCUCCUGCUAGGUUUGAGAUCAGUAAAGAGAAGACUACUUCAACCAGCCUGCACUUUGGGUGGACUCCUUCUUCCGGAAGAGUCACCUGGUAUGAGGUGCAGUUACUUGAUGGUCACCAAAAGAUGCAGGAGGCCCAAAUUCAGGAGAGUACUUCAUGGAAUGAAUAUGCAUUUUCUAACCUUACUGCUGGUAGUAAAUACAAUAUUGCCAUCACAGCUGUUUCUGGAAAUAAACGGUCCUCUACAAUUCAUAUCAAUGGAUCAACAGUGCCAUCCCCGGUGAAAGAUAUUGGUAUUUCAGCAAAAACGAAUUCUCUCCUGAUUUCCUGGUCCCAUGGCUCUGGGAAUGUGGAAAGAUACCAGCUGAUACUAAUGGAUAAAGGGAUCCUAGUUCAUAACGUUGUUGUGGACAAAUAUGCUACUUCCUACACCUUUCAUGGACUGACAUCUGGCCACCUCUACAACCUCACCAUUGUAACUGAGGCUGCAGGGCUGCAAAACCGAAAGUGGAAACUGGCCAGGACGACCCCCACAGAAGUCUCAAAUCUGAAGGUGACAAAUGAUGGCACUUUGACCUCCCUAAAAGUCAAGUGGCAGAGACCUCCUGGAAAUGUGGAUUCCUACAACAUCACGCUGUCUCACCAAGGGACCAUCACAGACUCCAGAACAUUAGCACCCCAGGUUACAGAAACCCAAUUUAAAGGCUUAACCCCUGGACGACUUUAUCAAGUUACCAUCAGCUGUGUCUCUGGUGAAUUGUCUGCUCAGAAGAUGGCAGUGGGCAGAACAGUUCCAGAGAAAGUUGGGAACCUGGAGGCAAACAGCAAUGGUUCGGUGAGGUCCCUAGUAGUGAGCUGGUCGCCCCCUGCUGGAGACUGGGAGCAGUAUCGUAUCCUGCUCUUCAAUGAAUCCUUGGUGCUGCACAACAUCACCGUGGGAAAGGAAGAAACACAUUAUGUCAUAGAUGACAUAGGGCUCAUACCGGGAAGACAGUAUGAGGUAGAAGUCAUUGUUGAGAGUGGAAAUCUGAAGAACUCUAAGCGUUGCCAAGGCAGGACAGUCCCCAUGGCUGUCCUCCAGCUUCGUGUCAAACAUGCCAAUGAAACCUCACUGGGCAUCAUGUGGCAGACCCCUGUUGCAGAAUGGGAAAAAUACAUCAUUUCACUAGCGGACAGAAACCUCUUGCUCAUCCACAAGUCACUCCCCAAAGAUGCCAAAGAAUUCACUUUUACUGACCUGGUGCCUGGACGAAAAUACAUAGCUACUGUCACCAGUAUUAGUGGAGACUUAAAAAAUUCAUCUUCAACGAAAGGAAGAACAGUGCCUGCCCAAGUGACUGGCUUGCAUGUGGCCAACCAAGGGACAACCAGCAGCCUAUUUACUAACUGGACCCAGGCAGCGGGAGACAUAGAGUUCUACCAAGUCUUACUCAUCCAUGAAAAUGUGGUCAUCAAAAAUGAAAGUGUCUCCAGUGAGACUAGCACAUACAGCUUCCACUCCCUCAAAUCAGGCAGUCUCUACUCCGUGGUGGUAACAACAGUAAGCGGAGGGAUCUCUUCCCGACAAGUGGUGGUGGAAGGAAGGACAGUCCCUUCCAGUGUGAGUGGAGUAACGGUAAACAAUUCUGGUCGCAAUGACUACCUCAGCAUAUCCUGGCUGCCAGCUCCUGGAGAUGUGGAUAACUAUGUAGUGACUCUGUCUCAUGGUGGCAAGGUGGUUCAGUCCCUCAUUAUUGCCAAGUCCGUCAGCGAAUGCUCCUUCAGCUCCCUCACCCCUGGCCGCCUCUACGAUGUGACCAUAACCACAAGGAGUGGAAAGUAUGAAAAUCAUUCCUUCAGCCAAGAUCGGACCGUGCCUGACAAGGUCCAAGGAGUCAGUAUUAGCAACUCGGCCAGGAGUGACUACUUAAAGGUAUCCUGGGUGCAUGCCACUGGAGACUUGGAUCACUAUGAAGUCACCAUUAAAAACAAAAACAACUUCAUUCAAACGAAAAGCAUCCCCAAGUCUGAAAAUGAGUGUGUAUUUGUUAAGCUAGUUCCUGGACGGUUGUACAGUGUCACUGUUAGUACAAAAAGUGGGCAAUAUGAAGCCAGCGAACAAGGGAAUGGGAGAACAAUCCCAGAGCCUGUUAAGGAUCUAACAUUGCGGAAUAGGAGCACUGAAGACCUUCUCGUGACUUGGUCACGAGCUGAUGGGGAUGUCGACCAGUAUGAGAUCCAGCUGCUCUUCAAUGACAUGAAAUUACUUCCUUCUUUUCACCUUGGAAAUACUGCAACCGAGUAUCGCUUCACCUCCCUAAUACCCGGGCGCCGGUAUAAAAUUCUCGUGUUGACGAUCAGUGGAGAUGUACAUCAGUCAGCCUUCAUCGAGGGCUUCACGGUUCCUAGCACUGUUAAAAAUAUUCACGUCUCUCCCAAUGGGGCGACAGAUAGCCUGACAGUGAACUGGACUCCUGGUGAGGGCGAUGUUGAUUCCUACACAGUGUCCGCAUUUAGGCAGAACCAAAAGGUGGAAUCUCAGACUAUCCCCAAGCACAUCUCCGAGCACACGUUCCACAGACUGGAGGCUGGGGAGCAGUACCAGAUUGUGGUUGCCUCGGUCAGCGGGUCCCUGAGGAACCAGAUAGAUGCGCUCGGCCGGACAGUCCCAGCAUCUGUCCAGGGAAUAAUUGCAGACAAUGUAUACAGCAGUCAUUCCUUAAUAGUAAGUUGGCAAAAAGCCGUUGGCAUGGCAGAAAGAUAUGAUAUCCUACUUCUAAAUGAAAAUGGGAUUCUUCUGAGUAACACAUCAAAACCAGCCACCACGAAGCAGCACAAAUUUGAAGACCUGACACCAGGAAAGAAAUACAAGAUACAGAUCCUCACUGUCAGCGGAGGCCUCUUUAGCAAGGAAGCCCAGACGGAAGGCCGAACAGUGCCAGCAGCUGUCACCAACCUGAGGAUCACAGAGAACUCCACCAGACACCUGUCCUUCACCUGGACCACCUCAGAGGGAGAGCUCAACUGGUACAACAUCUUUCUGUACAACCCAGAUCGAACUCUUCAGGACAGAGCUCAAGUUGACCCACAAGUCCAGAGCUUUUCUUUCCAGAACUUACUGCAAGGUCGAAUGUACAAAAUGGUGAUAGUAACUCACAGUGGGGAGCUGUCUAAUGAGUCUUUCAUAUCCGGAAGAACAGUCCCAGCCUCUGUGAGUAACCUCAAGGGAUCCAAUCGGAACAUGACAGACAGUCUCUGGUUCAGCUGGAGUCCAGCCCCUGGGGACUUCGACUUCUAUGAGCUGAUUCUCUAUAAUCCCAAUGGCACGAAGAAGGAAAACUGGAAAGAAAAGGACCUGACGGAGUGGCGUUUUCAUGGCCUUAUUCCUGGAAGGAAGUACACCCUGUGUGUGGUAACUCACAGUGGAGAGCUCAGCAACAAGGUCACAGGGCAGAGCAGAACAGCUCCAAGUCCUCCUAGUCUUAUGUCAUUUGCUGAUGUUGCAAACACAUCCUUGGCCAUCACCUGGAAGGGGCCACCAGACUGGACAGACUACGACGACUUUGAGGUGCAGUGGCUACCCAGAGACGCAAUCACGGUCUUCAACCCCUACAGCAACAGAAAAUCAGAGGGACGCAUCGUGUAUGGUCUUCGUCCAGGGAGAUCCUAUCAGUUCAGUGUCAAGACUGUCAGCGGAGACUCCUGGAAAACCUACAGCAGACCAGUUUCUGGAUCUGUGAGGACAAAGCCAGACAAAAUCCAAAACCUGCACUGCCGGCCUCAGAACUCCACGGCCAUUGCUUGCUCUUGGAUCCCUCCUGAUUCUGACUUUGACGGGUAUAGCAUUGAAUGCCGGAAAAUGGACACUCAAGAAGUUGAGUUUUCCAGAAAGCUGGAGAAGGAAAAAUCUCUGCUCAGUAUUAUGAUGCUCGUGCCCCAUAAGAGGUACCUGGUGUCCAUCAAGGUGCAGUCAGCUGGCGUGACCAGUGAGGUGGUGGAAGACAGCACCAUCACAAUGAUAGACCGCCCUCCUCCUCCACCUCCGCAUAUCCGUGUGAAUAAAAAGGACGUGCUAAUUAGCAAAUCUUCCAUCAACUUUACUUUCAACUGCAGCUGGUUCAGUGACACCAAUGGAGCUGUGAAGUACUUCACGGUGGUAGUGAGAGAGGCUGAUGGCAGUGAUGAGCUGAAGCCGGAACAGCAGCACCCUCUGCCCUCCUACCUGGAGUACAGGCACAACGCCUCCAUUCGCGUGUAUCAGACCAAUUAUUUUGCCAGCAAAUGUGCCGAAAGUCCUGACAGCAACUCCAAGAGUUUUAACAUUAAGCUGGGAGCAGAGAUGGAGAGCCUGGGUGGAAAAUGUGAUCCCAAUCAGCUAAAAUUCUGUGACGGACCGCUGAAGCCGCGCACUGCCUACAGAAUCAGUAUUCGGGCUUUUACACAGCUGUUUGAUGAGGACCUAAAGGAAUUCACAAAGCCACUCUAUUCAGACACGUUUUUCUCUUUGCCUAUCACCACCGAGUCAGAGCCUUUUUUUGGAGUUAUUGAAGGCGUGAGUGCUGGUCUGUUCCUAAUUGGCAUGCUGGUGGCCGUUGUUGCCUUAUUCAUCUGCAGGCGGAGAACGAGCCAUGGUCGAGAAAGGCCCUCUGCCCAGCUGAGCAUCCGCCGGGAUCGGCCAUUGUCUGUCCACUUGAACCUGGGCCAGAAAGGUAGCCGGAAAACUUCUUGCCCAAUAAAAGUAAAUCAGUUUGAAGGGCACUUCAUGAAGCUGCAGGCCGACUCCAACUACCUUCUGUCCAAGGAGUACGAGGACUUAAAAGACGUGGGUCGAAAUCAACCAUGUGAUAUUGCACUCUUGCCGGAGAACAGAGGGAAAAAUCGAUACAACAAUAUAUUGCCCUAUGAUGCCUCUCGAGUGAAGCUGUCCAAUGUCGAUGACGACCCAUGCUCCGACUACAUCAAUGCCAGCUACAUCCCUGGCAACAACUUCAGAAGAGAAUACAUCGCUACUCAGGGACCUCUUCCUGGCACGAAGGACGACUUCUGGAAAAUGGCGUGGGAACAGAAUGUUCACAACAUUGUCAUGGUGACCCAGUGUGUGGAGAAGGGCCGAGUGAAGUGUGACCAUUACUGGCCAGCGGACCAGGACUCCCUCUACUACGGGGACCUCAUCCUGCAGAUGCUCUCAGAGUCGGUGCUGCCCGAGUGGACCAUCCGGGAGUUUAGGAUAUGCAGUGAGGAACAGCUAGACACACACAGGCUCAUCCGCCACUUCCACUAUACGGUGUGGCCGGACCACGGAGUCCCGGAGACCACCCAGUCCCUGAUCCAGUUUGUGAGGACUGUCAGGGACUACAUCAACAGGACGCCCGGGGCCGGGCCCACCGUGGUGCACUGCAGUGCCGGUGUGGGCAGGACUGGAACCUUCAUCGCGUUGGACCGAAUCCUCCAGCAGUUAGACUCCAAAGACUCUGUGGACAUCUAUGGAGCAGUGCAUGACCUACGGCUUCACAGGGUUCACAUGGUGCAGACGGAGUGUCAGUAUGUCUACCUACAUCAGUGUGUAAGAGAUGUCCUCAGAGCAAGGAAGCUACGAAGCGAACAGGAAAACCCCUUGUUUCCAAUCUACGAAAAUGUGAAUCCAGAGUAUCACAGAGAUGCGGGCUAUCCCAGGCACUGAGGAUGCACCCGAAGCUAUCCUGGAGAAAAGCUAUUCACUGUGUGAUUUGUUUUUUAACUCGCUUCAUGCCCUACAGAGGUGCCAACUAUUUCUAUUGAUACUAUGUAUAAUUUAUUAAUCUGGAGAAUUUUAAAGAAUUUAUGUAAUUUAAAAGUAACAGAUAUUAUUGUACAUAGCUGUAUUUUGUAGUUUCUUCUGUAAAUAUGUAUUUUUUCAUAGUGUUUAAUAUUAAGCUUUAUAUAAUACUAUUUUCCA